CCGGGAGAGGCGAAGGGCAUCCGGGAUACCGGCCGAGAGGGAGCCGCUGCAGCGCGUUUCUCCAGUGGACAAACGGACCAGUGGACAUUCACUUCCUGUCCUGGGCGUGACCCGGAGGACUGCGUUUACUUCCUGUCGUGGUUCUGAGGACGUCCGGCCCGUCGGACCGCCCACCACCGUGUGUGCGACACUUUAAGGACUGCUCAUGCAUCGUUUAAGGACUUGUGCGGCGCGAUUGCGUCCGCUAACCGCCUCGCAGGCGGCUCAGACUGUCGGCCAGCAGCGGCCAAUCACAGCCACCUCCACAGGGGGCACAAGGACGUUUCAGCCAGUCAGGUGCUACACAGCACCGGUGGCCUCAGAGCCGUUCCUGAAUGGGACGAGCUCCAACUACGUGGAGGAGAUGUACUACGCCUGGUUGGAGGACCCCAAGAGUGUUCACAAGUCGUGGGACGUGUUUUUCCGGAACGCCAACGCCGGCGCUCCUCCCGGCGCCGCCUACCAGUCUCCUCUGGGUCUGUCGGCGGCGUCCAGCCUCGUCGCCCCUCAGCUCUCCUCUCUGGUCGGAGCUCAGCCCAACGUGGAGAAGCUGGUGGAGGAUCAUCUGGCCGUCCAGUCGCUCAUCAGGGCCUACCAGAUCCGAGGGCACCAUGUGGCCCAGUUGGACCCUCUCGGCAUCAUGGACGCCGAUCUGGACUCGUGCGUCCCCACUGACAUUAUCACGUCCUCCGACAAGCUGGACGUGGCCGUGUUCAAGGAGAGGCUGAGAAUCCUCACGGUAGGAGGCUUCUACGGUCUGGACGAGUCGGACCUGGACAAGGUGUUCCGGCUGCCGACCACCACCUUCAUCGGAGGCUCGGAGAGCGCUCUGCCUCUGAAGGAGAUCAUCCGCCGCCUGGAGAUGGCGUACUGUCAGCACAUCGGGGUGGAGUUCAUGUUCAUCAAUGACCUGGAGCAGUGUCAGUGGAUCAGACAGAAGUUUGAGACUCCAGGCGUGAUGCAGUUCACUCUGGAGGAGAAGAGGACGCUGCUGGCUCGCAUGGUCCGGUCCACCAGGUUCGAGGAGUUCCUGCAGAAGAAGUGGUCUGCUGAGAAACGCUUCGGUCUGGAGGGAUGCGAGUCUCUGAUCCCCGCUCUGAAGACCAUCAUCGAUAAGUCCUCGGAGAACGGCGUGGAGAACGUCAUCAUGGGCAUGCCUCACAGGGGUCGCCUGAACGUCCUGGCCAACGUGAUCCGUAAGGAGCUGGAGCAGAUCUUCUGUCAGUUCGACUCCAAGCUGGAAGCAGCUGAUGAGGGUUCCGGAGACGUGAAGUACCACCUGGGGAUGUACCACCGUCGGAUCAACAGGGUGACGGACCGGAACAUCACCCUGUCCCUGGUGGCCAACCCGUCUCACCUGGAGGCCGUGGACCCGGUGGUGCAGGGCAAAACCAAGGCCGAUCAGUUCUACUGCGGAGACAACGACGGAAACAGGGUGAUGUCCAUCCUGAUGCACGGAGACGCAGCGUUCGCCGGUCAGGGCAUCGUCUACGAGACCUUCCACCUGUCUGACCUGCCGUCCCACACCACGCACGGCACCGUGCACGUCGUGGUCAACAACCAGAUCGGCUUCACCACCGACCCCCGCAUGGCUCGCUCAUCCCCGUACCCGACGGACGUGGCCCGGGUGGUCAACGCUCCCAUCUUCCACGUCAACGCCGACGACCCCGAAGCCGUCAUCUACGUGUGCAAGGUGGCCGCCGAGUGGAGGGCCACGUUCCACAAGGACGUGGUGGUCGACCUGGUGUGUUACCGCCGGAUGGGUCACAACGAGAUGGACGAGCCCAUGUUCACUCAGCCGCUGAUGUACAAGCAGAUCAAGAAGCAGAAGCCCGUCCUGCUGAAGUACGCCGAGAAGCUGAUCGCAGAGGGAGCAGUGAGCCGCCAGGAGUACGAGGAGGAGAUCGCCAAGUACGAUAAGAUCUGCGAGGAGGCGUAUGCUCGCUCUAAGGACGAGAAGAUCCUCCACAUCAAGCACUGGCUGGACUCUCCAUGGCCCGGUUUCUUCACUCUGGACGGACAGCCCAAGUCCAUGAGCUGCCCGUCCACGGGCCUGACUGAAGAGAACCUGAACCACAUCGGAGAGGUCGCCUCCUCCGUCCCGGUGGAGGACUUCACCAUCCACGGAGGUCUGAGUCGGAUCCUUAAGGGCCGAGCUGAGAUGGUACGGAACCGGACCGUGGACUGGGCUCUGGGAGAGUACAUGGCCUUUGGGUCGCUGCUGAAGGAGGGAAUCCACAUCAGACUGUCGGGACAAGACGUGGAGAGAGGAACCUUCAGCCACCGGCACCACGUUCUCCACGACCAGAACGUGGACAAGAGGAUCUGCAUCCCCAUGAACCACCUCGCCCCGGACCAGGCGCCGUACACCGUCUGCAACAGCUCGCUGUCCGAGUAUGGCGUCCUCGGCUUCGAGUUGGGUUUUGCGAUGGCGAGUCCAAACGCUCUGAUCCUGUGGGAGGCUCAGUUUGGAGACUUCCACAACACGGCCCAGUGCAUCAUCGACCAGUUCAUCUGUCCGGGUCAGGCCAAGUGGGUCCGACAGAACGGCAUCGUGCUGCUGCUGCCACACGGCAUGGAGGGGAUGGGUCCAGAACAUUCUUCGGCCCGUCCAGAGAGGUUCCUUCAGAUGUGCAACGACGACCCGGACGUGAUGCCGAACAUCACGGAGGACUUUGCGGUCCGUCAGCUGUACGACUGUAACUGGAUCGUGGUGAACUGCUCCUCUCCUGGAAACUACUUCCAUGUUCUCAGACGACAGAUCCUGCUGCCCUUCAGGAAGCCGCUCAUCGUCUUCACUCCCAAGUCUCUGCUGCGCCACCCAGAGGCCAGAUCAAGCUUCGACGAGAUGCUUCCUGGGACUCACUUCCAGCGGUUGAUCCCAGAGGGAGGUCCAGCGUCUGGCCGUCCAGAGGAGGUGAAGAGGUUGAUCUUCUGCACUGGGAAGGUUUAUUAUGAGCUGACCAAAGAGAGGAAGAACCGAGGCCUGGAGGACACAGUGGCCAUCGCUCGCAUAGAGCAGCUGUCUCCGUUCCCGUUCGACCAGGUGAAGUCCGAGUCGGAGCGCUUCGCUAACGCCGACCUGGUCUGGUGUCAGGAGGAGCACAAGAACCAGGGCUACUACGACUACGUGAAGCCUCGCAUCAGGACCACCAUCCAGAGAGCCAAGCCCGUCUGGUACGCCGGCAGAGAACCGGCGGCGGCUCCGGCAACCGGGAACAAGAACACUCACCUGAUGGAGCUGCGGCGCUUCCUGGACACGGCCUUCGACCUGGACGCAUUCAAAGAUCAGCAGUAAACCUGCAACACCUGAACAGACCCUCACCUGUCUCACCUGUCUGACCCCGACCACCUGGACAAACACACACACACACACACACACACACACUGCAGUACUCUGUACUGCUGACACAGUACACGCAGUACUGCACAGUGUACUACCGACAGACCGAACUCCCGAAGGAAUACGCCGUUCAGAACUCCAUUAAGAAACUGUCUGUUUUUAGUUUCCUUCAGUAUCACAGUGAUCCAGUGAUAUCUGUCUGUACAUUUCUGACGUCAUCACAAACAGGAGCUGCUGACGGAUAGUUCAGCUGCUUUCAAUGACAACAAUAUUAUAUUUUAAUAUUAAAACCAUCCCACAGACAUGAUCAGGCUUUGGUCUGAGCAGCAGUGUGCAGUAUCAGUGCUGUGGUCAGUCGUACAGCAGCUCCAGGCUCAGCUUCACCAGAAACGGCCAGACAGAUCUGAGCUUCCUCAACAUUUUUCUUUGGAUGAGAUUUUGUCUGUUACAUGGAGCCGAGCCUCGUUUGAAAACUCAUCAGAGAAGUUUAACUUCAGUUUGUUUGUUAAUCUGUUAGUGAUGAAUUAAAACACAAGAACGUGACCUGAGUGAAAUGUACUCUUAAAUUGACUAAAUUUCAAAUGAAGUCUGGUAUUGUGUGCUCUAAUAACAUCUGAUUUUGUUCCCUGAUGGUGUCAAGAUUAGAUGUCCUCCCUUUGUCCACAGCUGCUGUGGAAGAUGAGGGUUUAAACAAGUUUCUCUAAGGUCGCAGUUUGAGCAGCUUCACGUGUCUUUAAUUAGCUGUUAAUUGAUUACAAACGGUUCGUGUUUCGUGUGCAGAGGACAGGACAAGGAACAGAAGUAGGUUCUAACGCAGAAUGUCCAAACGCAAGCAAGAACUGGAAAACGGGGAGAAAUUAGAAUGAAGUCUGGUGAGACUGAUCAAAGGUUAAACGUAUGUAGGAAGUCUGGUUCUGUUGGAUCACGAUAGCUAAGAUUCAGUGCAGCAGAAACAACACUCUUAAACACAGCCCCUGUCAACAGUUGCCAGACAAGUUGCGUCUUGUCUCAGCAACUCGGCAACACAAUCACGUUAGUGGCAGCAGGAUGAAAAAUCAGGACGUCUUUCUGCUGCAGGAAACGUUGUGGUGAAGUUGAGCCUGAAACGUUGACCUUUGACCCCUGCUCACACACACACACACACACACACACACACACACACACACACUCCAGCUGUUGUUUCAGAGCAAACGGUUCAGAUUACAAGCACACAGUGAGACCUCCUGUUUUACUCCACCUUCAUCAUCAUCUUCAUCACUCCCUCCUGCCACCACAGAUGCAGGUUCUCUUCUUCUUCUUCCUCUUUUCUUCUUCUUUGCCCCCAAAAAGUUGCAGGAAAAAUGUUUCUUUUGUAAAAAAAAAAAAUAAAUAAAUUUGAAAAAUGGCUCAUUAGCAUUGUUAGCGCUCCCCAUUGAAAACCAAUGGGGGUGGGGCUAGCUGGGAGGUCGUCGCCUUUCAGCGGGUGUGUUCGUUAAGGAGAGUCUGUAAUUAGUCACCGUGACGACGCUUAACACUGAGAUUUUAUUGUCUUUUAUUUUGAAGGGGUAUGUGGGGAAUAAAAUGGUGCGCGCCGUUUGGCGUCCCGACACAAAACCAAACGCACUGCUGAUGAUUGAUUCGCCCCUCGGCUUCUGUCCCCUCGGCGAGCGCUCACCUCGUGCCAAAAUGGAUCAUCGCAGCGUCUCAUGUCUGUCCUGUCUUUCGUGUUCGGCGAGCGACCGGACGAACUCUGCCGGCCGGAAACGAGAUUCUCCAGAAGAGAAGCGACGGCAGAGGACGGCUGCAGGUGGUGUUCUGGGCUUCUGUGAGACAAAGAAAAUGAUUUAUUUAUUUUCAUAAUAGGGGAUUUGAAGUUCUCUUCAUUAUUUUGCUUCAUUCAAUAAAGAUGCUGUAUGUACUGAAA